GGGUGGGGGAGCCGGGCCGCCGGCGCCUGCUCGGUCCCCUCCCACUCGCACGGCCCCUUCCUCCCUCCUCUCCCAGCUGCUUGCAUUUCCUGCCGCUCUGGCUCUCCUGGCCCUUAAAAGUUCUUCCCAACUUUUUCUCCCUGGAGCGCAGCGGACGUAGUCUCGGGGGCAGGUUGCUGUGUUUCUCCCUCAGUUCCCUCUUCUCCUCGCUCGGUUCCUCUGGGAGCAGCGGACACAAAGUGGCCGCUGGCGGUCCUUCCCCUCCCACCUCACCCAUCCUUCCCGGCCUUCUCGCGUCGGCCCCUCACCGGCGGGACAGAGCCGACCUUAGGUUUUUCUUAUUCUCCUUUGCUCCUUUCGCUGACUCCCGCGCCGGGAACGGAGCGGAAACCUCCCUCCCGUUUCGCCUCCUCCGGCUCCUUCCCUCCGCCCCUCCUCCGCCAGCCACUGGAAUCAAGUCCUUGGGGAAUUGCGGGCUCUGCCGCCACCGCGGAGGAAAGCCAUUCCACGCGGGACUCAGGGGCACCGACGGGGGCCAUGUAAGCAGCUAUAUUGCAGAGUGCCACGCUGGGCAUGGACUCCUUUUUCUGUAUUUGGAGGAGCACGGUUGGUAGUGUGACCACCCAGUCACGAACCUGCUGAAGACAUCUCGGGCGUGUGUGCCAAGAGAGGAAGGCGGCUUCCAAGGACCGCAUCGCCAUGCCUUUUGGUCUGAAGCUUCGCCGGACACGGCGCUAUAAUGUCCUGAGCAAAAACUGUUUUGUCACCCGGAUCCGCCUAUUGGACAGCAAUGUCAUCGAGUGCACGCUGUCAGUGGAAAGCACGGGGCAAGAGUGCCUGGAGGCUGUGGCCCAGAGGCUGGAGUUGCGAGAGACACACUACUUUGGCCUUUGGUUUCUCAGCAAGAGCCAGCAAGCACGAUGGGUGGAGCUGGAGAAACCUCUGAAGAAACAUCUGGACAAAUUUGCUAAUGAGCCUCUGCUUUUCUUUGGAGUCAUGUUCUAUGUGCCAAAUGUGUCAUGGCUUCAGCAAGAGGCCACAAGAUAUCAGUAUUACCUGCAAGUUAAAAAAGACGUGCUUGAAGGGCGAUUACGGUGUACAUUGGAACAGGUGAUUCGGCUAGCCGGUUUAGCUGUGCAAGCUGAUUUUGGAGACUAUAAUCAGUUUGAUUCUCAAGAUUUCCUCAGAGAAUAUGUGCUAUUUCCUAUGGAUUUGGCCCUGGAAGAGGCUGUUCUGGAGGAGCUGACACAGAAGGUAGCCCAGGAACACAAAGCCCACAGUGGAAUCCUGCCAGCAGAAGCUGAACUUAUGUACAUCAAUGAAGUGGAACGUCUGGAUGGGUUUGGACAGGAAAGCUUCCCUGUAAAGGACAAUCAUGGAAACGGUGUGCACCUUGGCAUUUUCUUUAUGGGGAUUUUCGUGAAAAACAGAAUUGGAAGACAAGCACUAAUAUACAGGUGGAAUGAUAUUGGGAAUAUCACUCAUAACAAGUCAACUAUUCUGGUGGAGCUCAUCAACAAGGAAGAGACUGCCCUCUUUCACACGGAUGAUAUUGAAAAUGCCAAAUAUAUUUCUCGGUUGUUUGCUACACGGCACAAGUUCUACAAACAAAACAAAAUCUGCACAGAACAAUCAAAUUCUCCACCUCCCAUCAGACGCCAGCCCACCUGGAGCCGCUCCUCCCUGCCCCGGCAGCAGCCAUACAUCUUGCCUCCUAUGCAUGUCCAGUGUGGAGAGCACUACUCAGAAACACACACUUCACAAGAUAGCAUUUUCCAUGGGAACGAAGAAGCCUUGUAUUGCAACUCUCACAACAGCUUGGACUUAAAUUAUUUAAAUGGCACCGUUACCAAUGGCAGUGUGUGUAGCAUUCACAGUGUCAACUCCCUCAACUGCUCCCAAAGUUUCAUCCAGGCGUCUCCCAUAUCCUCCAACCUCAGUAUCCCUGGGAGUGACAUCAUGCGGGCUGACUACAUCCCCAGCCACCGGCACAGUGCAAUCAUCGUUCCGUCUUAUAGGCCGACCCCUGAUUAUGAGACAGUGAUGCGGCAGAUGAAGAGGGGGAUCAUCCACACAGACAGCCAGAGCCAGUCUCUGAGAAACCUCAACAUCAUCAACACCCAUGCCUACAACCAGCCAGAGGAGCUGGUAUACAGCCAACCUGAGAUGCGGGAGAGACACCCCUACACUGUCCCUUAUGGACCACAGGGGGGCUACAGUAACAAACUCAUCAGUCCAUCUGACCACAUGAACCCAAAGAAUAACACCGUGCAGAGCAAGCCGGGGGCGAGCGCCAUCUCCCACACGGUGAGCACCCCAGAGUUGGCCAACAUGCAGCUCCAGGGCAACCAUAACUACAACGCGGCUCAUAUGCUCAAAAACUAUCUCUUCAGGCCACCGCCCCCCUAUCCGCGGCCCCGGCCUGCCACUAGCACCCCCGACCUCGCCAGCCACCGCCACAAGUAUGUCAGUGGCAGUAGCCCAGAUCUGGUGACCCGGAAGGUGCAGCUCUCGGUGAAGACCUUCCAAGAGGACAGCUCCCCGGUGGUGCACCAGUCUCUCCAGGAGGUGAGUGAGCCCCUCACAGCCACCAAGCACCAUGGCACAGUGAACAAGCGCCACAGCCUGGAGGUGAUGAACAGCAUGGUGCGAGGGAUGGAAGCGAUGACCCUGAAGUCGCUCAACCUCCCCAUGGCUCGCCGCAACACUCUCCGGGAGCAGGUGCCUCCAGAGGAGGGGCCAGGGAGCCACGAGGUUCACCAGCUUCCUCACUAUCACCACAAGAAGACCUUCUCUGAUGCCACCAUGCUGAUCCACAGCAGUGAGAGCGAGGAGGAGGAGGAGGCUCCAGAAUCGGUGCCGCAGAUCCCCAUGCUCCGAGAGAAGAUGGAGUACAGUGCCCAGCUCCAGGCUGCCUUAGCCCGGAUUCCAAACAAGCCCCCACCUGAGUACCCUGGACCAAGGAAAAGUGUUAGCAACGGGGCGCUGAGGCAAGACCAGGUCAGCCUACCUCCUGCCGUCGCCAGGGCCAGGGUGCUGAGGCACGGGCCAGCCAAAGCCAUCAGCGUCUCCCGGGCAGAUCAGCUGGCCGUCAACGGGUCCUCGCUCGGCCCUUCCAUCUCGGAGCCCGACCUGACAAGCGUGAAGGAACGGGUCAAAAAGGAGCCUGUGAAGGAAAGGCCUGUGUCUGAAAUGUUUUCCCUGGAGGAUAGCAUUAUAGAAAGAGAGAUGAUGAUUAGGAAUCUAGAGAAGCAGAAGAUGGCAGGCCUGGAGGCACAGAAGAGGCCACUGAUGUUGGCAGCAUUGAAUGGACUCUCAGUUGCUCGGGUCCCAGGGCGGGAGGAGCAUCGAACUGAUGCCACCCAAGUUCCCAUGGAUGAGAGGUUCAGAAGCCUGAAGAAGAAGCUCGAAGAGGGAAUGGUGUUCACAGAAUAUGAGCAAAUUCCAAAGAAAAAGGCUAAUGGCAUUUUCAGCACAGCAGCUCUCCCAGAAAAUGUGGAACGCAGCCGUAUCCGAGAAGUUGUUCCCUAUGAGGAGAAUCGAGUGGAGCUGAUCCCAACCAAAGAAAACAACACCGGUUAUAUCAAUGCCUCCCAUAUCAAGGUGGUGGUUGGUGGGGCAGAAUGGCACUACAUAGCCACGCAGGGGCCCCUGCCCCACACUUGCCACGACUUUUGGCAGAUGGUGUGGGAGCAGAGCGCGAACGUCAUCGCCAUGGUCACUGCAGAGGAGGAGGGUGGACGAACCAAGAGCCAUCGAUACUGGCCCAAACUGGGUUCUAAGCACAGCUCGGCCACCUAUGGCAAGUUCAAGGUCACCACAAAGUUCCGAACGGAUUCUGGUUGCUAUGCAACCACAGGCUUGAAGGUCAAGCACCUUUUAUCUGGACAAGAACGGACAGUGUGGCAUUUGCAAUACACUGACUGGCCAGAUCAUGGCUGCCCAGAGGAUGUCCAAGGAUUUUUGUCGUACUUGGAGGAGAUCCAGUCCGUGCGGCGCCAUACCAACAGCAUGUUGGAAGGCACCAAGAACCAGCACCCUCCCAUCAUCGUCCACUGCAGUGCUGGGGUGGGAAGGACCGGCGUGGUCAUUCUUUCUGAACUGAUGAUCUACUGUCUGGAGCAUAAUGAAAAGGUGGAAGUGCCCAUGAUGCUGAGGUUCCUCAGGGAGCAAAGGAUGUUCAUGAUCCAGACCAUUGCUCAAUACAAGUUUGUCUACCAGGUCCUCAUCCAGUUCCUCCAGAACUCCAGACUCAUUUAAUCUCUCCAGAUCCAGCUACUGGGACAAGGACCUAGUUCCAUCCUGCAGAUGCAGAGGCACCUCCAGACAACAGCUGCUCCCCCAGCAGGGUGAGGAUGGCUGGCAGCAGGCAGGUCAAGGAUUCUCUGAAGAAAGGAGCCAAGAUUAUUCAUAGACAAACAUCAUGUAUUAUUUUAUAUGAGAUAAUUUAUUUUUUUCCCUUUGGAAUAACUUUUGUGACUUGUAAUACAGUUUUCACAACACAGUGCUUUUCAUUUGAACCACAUUUUGACUGAUCUGCAUUGUAAUACAUGAGUAGAGAAGGUUGCCUAGUGGAUCAUUUUGGGGACAGAGGCAUAAGGGAACCCAUCUCUAGUGAAGCUACAGCCAGACCAUUGGUAACCAACCCUGAAAUUCAUCAGCCUAAUUGUUCAUGUCCAAAUCAAAGAUGGCAAGAAAAUGAAUUCAUCCCAAAAUGAAAAGGGCCACAACCCUUUCCUGAAGAGAAAGACUCUAUUCUCUAAUAUUUUUUUUGGCUUGUGAGCCUUGAUGGACAGUAGGUUUCCUUUCUUCUUCCUUUCUGUCCUCACCUUCAUUAGUUUCUGUGUGCACCCAGCUUGAGUUAAAGACAAGGACAGCCAGAGGAAAUGCUCCCUUUGUGGGUACAGGAAUUACAUCUUCCAGGCUGAACAAGGAACUCUGUGCUGUAUCUUUCUCAACCACCCCAGGUUCUGGGCUCUGGAGCCUGUGUUUCCCUGCUGGGGCUUGUACCCUGGGUAUUUGCCACUUCCCCCUCUUUGCUUGGUGGGUCCCAGUCUGAAGGUUGAGGCCCUGGUCCAGGCCAUGUGUUCAGUUAGGUCUCUUGCCUGCCUAAGAGGGGAUCAUGGGAAGAGAGACAGGCAGGGCUUGAUAAUUGUUCUUAUUUAAAGAUGAUGUUUGUGCUGGACGGGUACCUGAGGGUCAAGGUGCUGGGUGCAUUCUGUCUUCCCAUUGGUCAUGAGUCAUAGAAAGGUUAUGGAGGGAACAGGUGGGGAAGCUGACUUAGCACACCAAAGCAUGCUCCCCACUGCGCUGGUGAUCACCUCUAGGCUUUGGCCUGCAUGAGCAGAAUUAAUCCCAUUCAGGACCCUGUAGUCCAAAUCUUGGCCCACUUUAAAAAAGAUGUUGACAUUUCCCUCUCACAAAGUCCUUUGCUGCCUUCCUCGUCUCCAUAUAACGCAGAUCACUUCUGAGCUUGUCUCUUCCUUAUGACUUCAUUGGUCACUGUCCUUCUGAACUCCUUAGGUUAGUACGCAACAGAUCUUGUUCCACACAUUUUCCCUCUUGCUGAAUUUUUGGGAAUUUUCCUCUCUACUGUCUAGUUUUUCUUGAACACAACUUUUUUUUUUUUUUUAAUACAGUUUUAUUGAAAUAUAUUUACAUACCAUACAGUCAUCCAUGGUGUACUGAACACAACUUUUUAAUUGUGGUCUUGCUCUUAGAAUUUACCACUGCAGGUUUAUCAACCAGAAAGAGCAUGCCUUUAUGACUUCCUGUUGCCGCAUUCUGGUACUCGAGUAUGAAAUCAGGUUUCUUAUGAACCACUGUGGAAUGCAAAUCAACCCAGUCUCUCAACUGGCCAGGGGUUGUGGUGGUGGUACUCUGUGUUUAGAGUUAGAGUCCUUGGGGAUGGAAGGUUUCUUCUCUUCUUACUCCAGGUCUGAAGAGUUAGUCAAGCAGGCUAACUUCAGCUGGGCUUUGUAAAUUCCAGAAUUUUGGUGUACAUUCUGAAGAAAAACACGUAUUAAAUGUAUUUUCAAUGGAACAGAACUUUUAACCUUCACUAUCUGAAGCUCAGAACUUGAGUCACCAACAGGCAAAGAGGUGUGUGUCUACUUUCCUUAGAGAUUUUUCAUCCUUGGGGAACUCUGCUUUUAGGGGUGUUUUAACAAUUGGUCUGCAGUUACUGGUUUAUUGCAUGAUGAACAAAAUCAGUAUCUUUUGUCUCUGAAGUCCCAAGGAUAGCACUGUUAAAAUGUCUCACCCCGGCAGCAUGUAGAUCUGGUAUCUCUUUGAGCCCUUCACUUAGGGCUUCAUUUAAACCAGUUCACUGUUCUCACAUUAUACUAUACAUACUUUCAUGAAUGCACAAAAGGCAGGGAAGAAGUAGGUUUAAUAUUCAUUUUCCUAGCUAAACCAAAGGAAAACAUUUAAAAGCUAUUCCACAUAUUUCACUUUUAAAACAAAUGCUUUUGGUUCUUUAGCACAUUUUGCAUUCCUUUUCCCAUCUCCUGCAAAUGCCAACAUAUCUCCUGUUAAAUUAGCAGCAGCCAUUUGAAGUCCUUUCAGUGGCAUCUGCAUAAUAAUUGCCCAGAGAUGCUUUAUAUCUGGGAAGCAAGCCAAGGAAUAAACCUUGAAGCAAAGUGUAUUAAAUUAGUUAUCCAGUUAGAGCUUUUGGAAUGAUUUCCUGAUGAUGUAUCAAGUCUGAAGCUGGAGCUGUCGGAUUCUAUUGCUGCAGUUUGGAUUUGAAGGGAGAAAAUUAAAAAUGGAGGGGGUAAAAAAAAGAGUAUCUCACAAAACCAUCAAACACUUUCAGGCCUCUGAUUUUGGAGUCUUCUAGUUGAAAUAUUGUGUUUCUUUCAUCUGCACUCACUUGGAUACACUGACCUAAAGUGUUCAUCCUUGUUUACUGGAGUCCCUGCAUCAAGGGCCCGAGUUUGAUGUCUUCAUCCUUAGGUUGAGGAAGUGAUGAGACCUGCCAACAAAGCUGAGCAAUGCCCUGCUGGGCUUUAUUUGGUUUCAUUUGGUUUCUACUGGGACACCACCUUCUAGUAAGAGUCUCUGGGAGCAUUUACAGAUAGCAUUUAUAUUUAAACACACCUCUUUCCCUAGAGAAGAAAAAAGGGAGGUGUUAGCUGCAUUAGAGAGGAAUGUCAAACAUUGAUUUCUUUCUGAGAAUUAACAGGAAUGAGCUUCUCUGUGCAGUUGGAGGUGAAUAAGAUCAGGGAAGGUGAAGAUAUUUCCAUGGGGAAUGUUUGAGUAAUAAGCUUUUGAGAAGCUUCGAUUCAGAGAAUUUUACUUGUGCUUCCUCUGUGGUCCUGGGUGGAGAAGAAGAGCCAAUUUUUAGACUCUCCUGAAGCUGUCAUUGCUUGCUGAUGGUCACCUGGUUAUCUCUGGUCCCCUCGUCCAUCACCCUGGUUAGAGGACUCUGGGUGGCUACUACUAGGGGUUGGGGGGGGGUCCUGUGAAACUCAGCCACCUUUGCAUUUCUGUUAUAAACUCGGGUAGGUAAGUAUUUUCAUCCAGGGGACCACCUUUAUCUUUUACAGCUUAAUACAGCUAUAUCUCCUUUCCUGAGACCAGGUCUUCAUCCCAAACUAAAAGGAUCUGGCAUAAACUGAUUUCUUAGACUGGGUAAUUUAUUGGUCAUUGGUGUAGUAAAGGGAAGGAUGUGAAUCAGUGCCUACAGUUCAGCACUUCAGCCAGUCCUCCCAUUUAAAAAAUAAAUUCAAGGACAUUUAGAAAACAGGAGAGCUAGAGCUGGUAUCUGUGUAGAAAGUCACGGUUCCUUCUGCCACAUUUUGGACCACCAGGAUCAUUCUUUCCAAAAGUGUCAUAAGCUUUCCCCACAAAUGGAGAGAGGAGAGAGGGACUUUAGAUCAGCCCUGGAGAUGCUGUCGAAAAGUUCACUGAUUCUUGGUUUUCCCUAUCUCCUUUCUGUACUGUCAGAGUGGUGCAAACUAUGAAGCAGAAUCCCUGGGCAACACUGUGUUGCUUGCAUUGGGUUCUGUUUUCACUCUUACUUAAUUUUUUUAACUGGGCCCUCACUGUUGAGACAGAGCUUGAUGAAUGUCAUAGAUUCUGGUUUGGGGGAUAUCAGAUUUCCCUGGUUUGGCUGCUCAAGAUCAAGAGCACCAUCUCCCCUUGCUUGCUGCUGACAGUCCAUCCCUCGCCUGCAACCUUGCACAUCCACACGGCUCCCAGGGUUAGCAAUCCCAGCUCUUGGGUAUCCUGACUCCUGAGGUCCCAGGGGUGCUGCAGAGCACAUUACCCGUUACGGCAAGUCGUGUCUGUCAUGGGGGCAGAAGUGACACAGUGAUUGAGUCGUCCCUUGUCUCACUGGGGACAUGGGCAGGACUGUUUUGUCGUGGCACCACUUCAUUCAAAGAGCAUUUUAGGACUAGGAUGACCCUGCAUUUUUUCAUCUGCUUUGUGGGUCAACUCUCAACAAUAUGCUUUUUCUUUGUUACCUACCCCCUUUUUUGUUACCUACCCCCUUUUUAGCUACAAAAUAGUUACAUCUAUUUUUAGAGAAUCAGUGUCUUAAACUUCUCCAAAAUAUGAGAUUAGAAAAUCUUAUUUUAAUGGAAAAGCUUAUAAAGUUUCAAGUAAUAAGAUCUGGAAAAUGAAAAUUACCAGAAUGAAAAUAAUGAGAUCACUGCCAGCAACAGGGAAACCGGCCUUGCCCACCGUUUUGUUCCCUUGAUGCUAGAUACUAUCACUCAGUAUUGGAAGAAAUGAAAGAAAAGAUGUAUUAUCCCUACUCUUUAAAACAGUUACUGCAGCACUAUUGAAUAUGAUAGACGAGACCAUCCAGAAUCACAGUGGUCACAUUUGGUGUGGUGACUGAAGUAGUCAGACUAAUGUGUUUCUGGCUUCUUCCUGCUAAACUGGCCAAUCUGGGCUCCCCAGGAACGUUUACAAGUUGUCUUGUAGUCAUUUCUCAGUUCCCUAUGGAGCGGUAGGAUAAACUGUUUAUCCAGGCUGUAGGUUAUUCUCUUCUUUCUUCCUCUCCCUCCUUGCUUCAGGGAAAUGCAGAUGCCAUCUCACCUGACAGAAGGUUUCAAAAACCUUUUUUUCAGAGAAAGCUGAAAAGAUCACACUGGGAUCUUUUUUUUGCCUUGGGUGUAAACUUUUGCUAAAAUCUCAGGAAACCUGCUUUGAGUUUAGCCAGGGUGGCUCUCAAAUCAGCACUGCCCAGCAGUCUCAGGGGCCUCCCAAUUGCAGUAUUAGCUAAUCAAUACCUUCAGCAUAGAACUAUAAGCUUCUAGUUCAGGGCCAUGUUUUUCAACCUGAACAUUGUAAAAGUUGAUUGCAAUUUCCUUUGACUGAUUUUCUUGCCACUGUUUGGAAUCUUAAAACCCAUUAUGACCUUAUCCUUCCAGAACUAAGUUUUCUUUUCAUCAGAGAUGAUUUCCUAUAUAUGUCCUUUGUUCCUUCAAUAGUCAACUAACCUGCUUGAGGAUACUUAAAUCGGCAGGGGAAAAGGGAGGUUUACAUAUGCAGAUGACUAUUAAAUGUAUAACCUCCAUAACUUGUGUAAUAUCAGAUAACAGGCUAAAUCUAGUUUGUUUCAGUGGACUAUCAUGUUCUACUUAAUUCAGUAUUUUGAUAUUUUCCUUGGUCUGUUUUCUAUACAAUGUGAAUUGUCAUAUAAUUCAAAACAAUUGACAUUUAAUAGGUUUUUUAUUUUGUAACAAUGUACAGACAGGUCCCCAACUUAGAAACCAGUUCUUAAGGUUCUUUGGUCAAGCCACAAAAACCUAACAAUUUACAACACAGCCGGAAAGGUUUGGCUGAAACACAGGGCUGCCUCAGCCAGCUCUGGCUGGCUUUUGUGGGCUGACGUGGGAAUUUAAGUUGCACCUAUUACACUGUUGCCGUUAAGAAAUGCAUUCCAGGUUGGGGCUUAGGAUCCCGAGAACAUGCUCUCCCUAUGGCAGCCACUUGCUACCUUGCAAGAUCAACGCUCUGUCUCCACCACCAAACUACAGUUGAAAGGGGGAGAGGGGCAGAAAAAGUUUAUAGGACAUUCCCUAGGUUAGGGUGUGAUUUUACCAAUAUCCAUGGCAACUUUACUUUGGUCUAAACUCCCUGUCAAUUUAAUAAUAUUAAAAGCCUUAAAUAAAACUAUGCAUGCUAUUCUAUGCUAUUUUAUAUCAGUAAAUAAGCUUAUGCUUGCCAGUUUUAUAUACAAUUAUUGGCUAUAUAAAACUGACUUUUGACAGUAUUUUUUGCACUGUUUCUUACCUGUUUUUAUAAAGUCUUAUUUAGAUAUUGGUCUUAGUUGUAUAUUGUUUAUGUUCUCACUGCCCUUGUUAUUGCUGUAAAAUGUUUCAUAUGUGCCUUUACAAAUGUGAGAUCUUUAUUCUAACCUUUUUUGUAAAAGAUAUCUAUUGAUUUCCAUAUGCAAUAAACCAUUUUUUUUUUGCAG